AAACUUUCGAAGUGAGCGGAUGUGCGUCGCGAACGCAGCACAACAAGUUCGACGCGUAUUUUUCCCCCCAAACGCAAAACAAGAAGUGCAACGAAACUCAAAACUAGUGUUAAUUUGUGUAAUGUGCAUCGCAAUGAUUGUAAACGAGCAAAAGCAAAGAAUUCGUCAAUCAACAAAAUCGUGUUAUUCAAUUCAACGUAAUUUGUUAAACAAUUGCCGCCGCAUGGCGAAAUGCCGACGACAUUUUUCGGUUAGUUGCUGUUAUCAUUAUUUACAACAGAAUCGCGUUUUUCUGUUGUUCGUAGUCUGCAAUUUGUUGCUGCUAUCUGCGAAUCACAGCGAUGCGCAGCUGUUGAUAAAUGUACAAAAUCAGGGCGGCGAGGUGAUACAGGAGAGUAUCACGUCCAACGUUGGCGAGGAUUUGAUUACGCUGGAGUUCCAGAAGACCGACGGCACCCUCAUCACCCAACUCAUCGACUUUCGCAAUGAGGUGCAAAUCCUGAAAGCUCUGGUGCUGGGCGAGGAGGAGCGCGGCCAGAGUCAGUAUCAGGUGAUGUGCUUCGCGACCAAAUUCAACAAGGGCGACUUCAUCUCGUCGGACGCGAUGGCCAAGCUGCGCCAGAAGAAUCCCCACACGAUACGCACCCCCGAGGAGGACAAGGGCCGCGAGACGUACACGAUGAGCAGCUGGGUCCAGUUGAAUCGCUCAUUGCCCAUCACUCGCCAUCUGCAAUCCCUUUGUGCGGAGGCCACCGAGGCCACCUAUGUCCGGGAUGUGGACCUCAAGGCGUGGGCGGAACUGCCAGGUUCGUCGAUUUCGAGCCUGGAGGCAGCCACCGAAAAGUUUCCUGAAGCGCUGUCGACACGUUGCAACGAGGUGAGCAGUCUGUGGGCGCCGUGCCUCUGCACGCUGGAGACCUGCAUCGGUUGGUAUCCCUGCGGCCUGAAGUACUGCAAGGGUAAGAGCAAUGGCGAUACAUCGGCAGCGGGUGGCGGGCAACAGGGUCAGUUGCAACAGCAGCAGCAGACGAAUUAUCGUUGCGGGAUCAAGACGUGCCGCAAGUGUACACAGUUCACCUAUUAUGUGCGACAGAAACAGCAGUGCCUCUGGGAUGAAUGACGACGCGGCGACUGGCAGCGACUGCGACAGUUGCACAUGCUGCAGAUGCGCUGCGUCAAGCAGCUGCUGCUGCCAUGCAAAACUCAAACUCAAAUACGAGCAACGACAAUAACAACUGCACAAACUGCAACAACAACAAAAACAACGACCAACAAAUUACGCCAACUGCUUUUGUUGGUGCAACAGCAGAUGCCUUUUGCACUGUGGAGCUUUCCGGUCCAUCACAUUUCCCAUCAGCAACAACAAACUGUCGCUCAAUCCCAUGUUGAUGCUCAUCAUCAUCAUCAUCAUCAUCAUCAGCAGCAGCAACAACAACCUCAUCAACAUCAUCAGCAACAACAGCAGCAGCAGCAUCCAUCAACAAUGGCCGCCAUCCUGGCGUGAUAAUGCCUCUGAAAAUCGGACUCAGACACACACAACACUCUAUUUUUUUUUUGCUGUACAUAAUGUAUAUAUACUACUGUUUAGUAUAUAGCCAAGCUAAACUUACGCUUAUGCCGUUUAGGUUAGUCAACAAAAAAAAUGAGCAAAUCACAUUUUAAUUAUACCUGAAUCAUUGCCAUUCAUAAUACAAAUUGUUCUCAUUUCUAUAAUAAUUAUUUUUGCUUUUGUUAAGAUGUUUUUUGAAUGUUCAUGUUCAUGUUCAAGUAAAAUGAACAUUUGUAUUCCACUUUCAGUCAGCUUGUUACUUACAUUUUUGUAUAAAUAUUAUUUGAUUUUAUUCAGAAUUUUAUGCCACGUUGAAGUCAUAUUACAAGAACUGUUGCUCUUUGAUCUUCCUACUUAAAUUACACAAUUUUUUUUGCAUACAUUCUUGCUGCUCUUUCCAUUGUUUACACACUCAAAUUCAUUACUUUAAUUACACUUUUUUUUAGCAUUUUUCUGACACACUUUUACUUAAAUUUUUGCCGUUUCCUAUGAACACUUUUUACAUUCAAACUUUUUCAGUUCCUUAUGAAAUCGUCCUUUAUAAUAAUUUACUUAUUUAAGCCUAUUAUUAUGAAAAAUUCAUGUUGCCUAAACUCGUUUCAUAUUCAAUCCUAAAACUCCAACUUUUAUGCUUGAGUUCCUCAUUUCCUUAUUUAUACAUUUCGGAGAACUUUUUCUUAUUAUCUUUCCGGCUUUGUUUAUCUUUACUGUCUGCAUUCAAUAAUGGCUAAUUAGGUUUAUUUACAGAGUUCGACACAUUUCUUCGCUCAUUUGUCAUAAUUAAUGUGUACAUAAUACAAAUGUUUAUCGCUUCAUUAAAUAUUCGGGCUUAAAGCUUACACCUCAAUCAUAUUAUUAUUUUACGCAACAAAAAAUAAAGAAGAAAAACAUAAACAGCUCAAGUACUAAAUUUCAUCUAGCAUUUAGAAUUGAACAAAUAUUUAAAUAUAUUUAAAGAAGAUAAAAAUAAAUUAAAUGUGGCCUUAGCAUAUUUUAUGAGCGCAACUAGAAAAGAAGUUUGUAAAAUUAAGGGAUUUGACAUAAAAUACACAGAAUUAAUUGUACUAUCUGAAUUGUGCUCAUAAUAGAAAUAAAGAAAACGUUUACUUUCCAUUUAAGGUUAGUUUUUAAAGAGUUCUAAAUAUACUUUAUUGAUACUAACCGAAA